UUAAGAGUGCGGUGCGUUUUCCUGAUAUUGUUGAUGUGUUGCUAAAGAAACGCGGUCAUGCGACGGCCUUUCUCUGCAUAUCGCCGAGUUCUGUAGAUUUCUUUCUGUGUUAAUAAUCGAAGAGUGUUACAAAUCAAUUAUCCAAAAAUGGCACUUCUCACGCUUCAUUGGGGCCUGGACGGCAUCAUAAUCUUUGCAUCCCUUAUCGUCGCUAUGUACAUGUACGCGACAAGGAAAUUUAAAUACUGGGCAAAGAAAGGCAUCAUGGAGAUCAAGCCGACCCCAUUCAUCGGAAACUUCUCGGAGUGUUUUCGACUGAAAAAAUCACCUUCAGAUUUCGUGAAGCAACUGUACGAUCGGUCCAAGGGAUUACCUUACAUGGGAUUCUAUGUGUUCGAUAAACCGUUCUUCCUUAUACGGGAUCCCGAACUUGUGAAGCAUGUGCUGGUGAAGGACUUCAACGUGUUCAAUGACAGAUACGCUUCGCCAGAUGUGACCGACCGACUCGGAUACGCGAACGUCUUCAUGAUGAAAAAUCCAGGCUGGAAGGUGCUCAGGUCGAAAUUGUCGCCGAUCUUCACGUCCGGAAAGCUGAAGAAAAUGUUCGAUUUGAUGCUCGUCGUCACCGAUGAUAUGGAUGUGUUUCUUGAGAAAUCGAAUUUGGCUAACGGAAAGGUGAUGGAAAUGAAAAAUUUUUGCGCGAACAUUACCACGGACAUGGUUGGUAGCACCGCUUUCGGCUUACGAGUGAAUUCAUUGAACGAUCCCAAAGCAUCGUUCCGGGAGUUUGGACGAAAGAUCUUCGACUACGACUUUUUCCGUGGCAUGGAGUUCCUCAUCAUAUUCUUCAUGCCUUAUUUAACCAAAUACACCGGCGCCAAAUUCUUCGGCAAGGAGAGCAGCAAAUUUUUGCGAACCGUUUUCUGGGACGUCAUCAAUCAACGAAUUCAGUCGGGCGAGAAACGAAACGACCUCAUCGACCUUCUGAUCGAACUGAAGCAGCAACACGAGGACGAUAGCGAUCUUGUUGGAUUUAAAUUCAGCGGCGACGAUUUAGUGGCGCAGGCGGCUGUUUUCUUCAGCGGCGGUUUUGAAACAUCAUCCACCACCAUGUCUUUCACCCUCUACGAACUGGCAUUGCAUACAGAGGUCCAGAAAACGUUGAGGAAAGAGAUUCUCGAGGCACUCGAUAAGAGCGGUGGAAAAAUUACGUAUCAGAUGAUCAUGACGCUACCAUAUCUGGAUAUGGUUGUCUCCGAAACUCUGCGCAAGUAUCCACCGCUGGGAUUCUUGGAUCGAGUCGCAGGCGCCGAUUACAAGGUCCCGAAUUCUGACUUAGUGCUGGAAAAAGGCACGCCGGUCUACAUUUCUAUGAUAGGGAUGCAUUACGAUUCGGAAUACUUCCCUGAUCCAGAAAAAUACGAUCCCCUGAGAUUCACAGACGAGAACAAACAGAAGAGGCCAGGUUUCACUUAUUUCCCUUUCGGCGAGGGACCGCACAUCUGUAUCGGAAUGCGAUUGGGUCUUAUGCAAUCGAAGCUUGGGUUGAUGAAGAUGCUGAGCAAGUAUGAGGUAACACCUUGCGACAAAACACCUAUACCCGUGGUUAUCGACCCGAGAGGACUCACCACCACGGCACUAGGAGGAUUAUACUUAAAUGUACGAAAGAUCAGCACAGAAGCUGACUAUGAAGUACGCGGUAUGAACAUAAAACGGUCUGCUAUUAAGAGGGGGUAUAAAUACACUCGUGGGCAUGUAAUCCCAACAUUCAUUCAAAUUCUUGGCCAUCUGUACGAUAGAAGAGGACGCUUCUUAGACUUCUCCAAAAUGACGCUUCUCACGCCUCAUUGGUGCCUGGAUGGUAUCCUCAUCUGCGCAUCCCUCAUCUUCGCCGCAUACAUAUAUGCCACACGAAAGUUCAAAUACUGGGCGAAAAAAGGCAUCAUGGAAAUUCCUCCCACGCCGUUCUUGGGAAAUUUCACGGACUGUUUGCUGUUCAAAAAAUCGCCCGCGGAAUUCCUGAAGGACCUGCACGACCGAUCCAAGGGGUUACGUUAUAUGGGAUUCUAUGUUCUCGAUAAACCGUUCUUCCUCAUACGAGAUCCUGAAGUAAUAAAGCAUGUAUUGGUGAAGGACUUUCACGUAUUCUCCGAUAGACACAUAUCGCCCGAUGUGAGUGAUCGACUUGGAUACGUGAACGUCUUCUUGAUGAAAAAUCCAGGCUGGAAGAUCAUCAGAUCGAAGUUGUCGCCGUUGUUCACUUCUGGAAGGCUGAAGAAAUUGUUCGAAUCGAUGCUCCAAGUUGCAGAUGAUCUCGACCAGUUUCUCGAAAAAUCAAAUUUGGGAGCCGGAAAGAUCAUAGAAAUGAAAAAUCUUUGCGCGAACGUUACCACGGACAUGAUCGCUAGUACUUCUUUUGGCCUGCGGGUGAAUUCGUUGAACGAUCCCAAAGCACCGUUCCGGGAACAGGGCAGGGAAAUGUUCAAGUCUACCGUAUUUCGCGGGAUGGAGCUCCUCAUCAUAUUCUUUCUGCCGGCCUUUACCAAAAUCACCGGCGCCAAAUUCUUCGGCAAGGAGACUAGCAAAUUUUUGCGAACCGUUUUCUGGGACGUGAUCGAUGAACGAAUUAAGUCAGGAGAAAAGAGACACGAUCUGAUCGAUCUUCUGAUCGAACUGAGGCAGAAAUACGAGGCCGAAGGCGAUCUUGGGGGAUUUCAAUUCAGCGGUGACGAUUUAGUGUCGCAAGCUGCUGGUUUCUUUACCGCUGGUUUCGAAACUUCAUCCACCACCAUGUCCUUCACUUUGUACGAGGUUGCUGUAAAUAUGGAUAUACAAAAGACUCUGAGAAAGGAGAUCCUCGAAGCACUUCAGGAGAACGAUGGAAAAAUCACAUACGACAUGGUCAUGACAUUACCAUAUCUCGAUAUGGUUGUCUCCGAAACCAUGCGCAAGUAUCCACCAUUGGCAUUUCUGGAUCGGGUAGCAGGUGCCGACUAUAAGGUCCCGAAUUCUGAUUUGGUGCUGAAGAAAGGCACGCCGGUCUACAUUUCUAUGUUGGGGUUGCAUACCGAUCCAGAAUACUUCCCAGAUCCAGAAAAAUACGAUCCGACGAGAUUCAACGAAGAGAACAAACAGAAGAGGACACCUUUCACUUACUUCCCUUUCGGCGACGGACCGCGCAUAUGUAUCGGAAUGCGAUUGGGUCUUAUGCAAUCGAAGCUUGGAUUGGUCCAAUUGCUGAGCAAGUACGAGGUGUUACCUUGCGAGGACACACCUAUACCUUUGGUUCUAGAUACAAAAGGAUUCACCACCACGUCAUUAGGAGGAUUGCCGUUGCGUGUUCGAAAGCUCACCGCAAAAGAAACUGGUUAACACGUUCAGAACAGCGACGGUCAUAUAUGGAUGAUACUAAUUUUUAACUAGGAUCUGAAAUUCACUUUUACUGUGAUAUAUAGUCGAUCAAAGUGGACGUCAGUCAAUAGUUAUUAUGGUAAAUUCUAACUGUCUAGUUUCGGUUUCAUUAAUUGUAUGUAAUUGUAUGAUAUUGCGAGAAUUUUUAUGGUUGAUGUCCAUCGCGCGAGGUGUUGAACCACGUACGAGUGUUUUAACAAACUUUUGAUUUUACUGAACAAUAAAGUGAAUUACAAAGUUUACGUCAAUUGAGUUUCGCCUAUACAUUGUAUCAUUCGCAAAAUAUAAACGAAGCGAAGCCUUACGUCCAAUACGUGCAUUAAAUUUCCAUCACAGUUGUACAUACUAUUCGAACUCUUCAAUGAUCUAAUACUCUUUACCAGAGUAUAAUUGAACAUAGUUUAAUAGUUUAGGCUAGUUGCAGAUAUAUUUAAUUCUAAGUAUAACGUUACCAUUAAAUAUAUGUCGAUUGGUAAUUCUAAUACUGGAAAUAAAAAAUUAAUUAUCCGUA